AUGGCCGCCGUAUCCUUCUCCCAGCCUGGCCUCCUCGACCCUUACAACACCGUCCUCUCUGGCGGCAACAGCGACUGGGCCCUCUACACCCUCGUCGGCUCGGGCUUCACCAGCGAGCUCAAGUUCACCGCUCAAGGCUCGGGCGGCCUCGACGAGCUCGAGGACGAGUUCAACGAUGGCAAGGCCAUGUUUGCCUUUUGCCGCCUCAAGGACCCAAACUCGGGCCUCCCCAAAUUCGUCCUGCUCGGCGAGGGCGUCCCCGACCAGCGCAAGGGCCUCUUCCCGACCCACACGGCCGCCGUCUCGGCCCAGCUCCGCGGCGCGCACGUCACGAUCCAAGCCCGCUCCGACGCCGACGUGUCGCCGUCGCACAUCCUCAAGCGCGUCAGCGACUCGUCCGGCGCGCGCUACGGCGUCCACAACGAGCCCGCCCAGCCGUACCGCGCCCCGGCCCCGGUCGGAUCGAGCUACGUCCCCGUCGGCCGACCGGCGUACACGCCCAGCAGGCCCGUCGCGCCCCCGACGCCCGUCGGCACGGCUCACACGCCGCGCUCGAACGAGCUCGCCGAGUUGCGCGCCGCGGGAGCGGCAAAGGCGGCUGCUCCGCCGCCGGCUGCGCCGCGCGCCCUGCCCGGCUUGACCGCGGGCUCGGCGGGCCUGCGCGUCGCAGAGCCGGCGACCAAGCCGGCUCCCGCUGCCGACGACGACGACGACUUUGCGCCCCAGGUCAAGAAGCCGUCCUCGUUCGCCGCUCCUCCCCCUUCCGCCGCCCCUUCCGCGCCCGCUCCCUCCUCGACCUCGAACCAGGCGUCGGCGGCGUCGUCGUCGUCGUCCGAGCGCCCCACCGCAGUCGGCACGUCGUACACGCCCGUGUCGCUCCCCAAGCCGGGCAAGCUCGGCAACCGCUGGCAGGCGGCCGUCGCGUCGGGCGCCCAGGCCAACGCCGACGAGACGCCCGCCAACGCCACCUCCGGCGCCGGCGCUGCCGCCGGCGCCAAGAAGCCGCUCACGUGGAGCGAGCGGCAGGAGCAAGCGCGCCUCGAGCGCGAGCGCGACGACGCCGCGAGCGCCUCGGCCUUGUCGCUCUCGCCCUCGCCCGCGGUCAAGGCGGCGGGCGCCGCCAUUGGCGGCACGGCGGCUGUCGGGCUCGCGGCGGGUGCGGCGCUCGGCGUCGGCGCUGGGCUCGCGGGCGCGGCGGCGGUCGGCGUCGGGGCGGCCGCGGUCAAGAGCGCGGUCGACAGCCGCGAGGAGGACGAGGAGGAGGGUGGGGAGCGCGACGAGGAUGGGUUCGGGGCACCGCCGCCGCCGCCUGCGCCGCCGGCGAGGAGCGACCCUGAGCCCGAACCCGAGCGCGAGAUCGAGGGCCCCACCGCCACCCUCGCCUCGCUCUCGCUCUCGACCGGCGACGCGACCGGGUCGCUCCCGCCGCGCACGCCCUCGUCGGGCCAGCGCGCGCGCGCCCUGUUCGACUACGACGCCGACGAGGACAACGAGCUGAGCCUCGUCGAGGGCGAGGUGCUCGAGCGCCUCGAGCAGGUCGACCCGGGGUGGUGGGAGGCCGAGAAUGCGCAGGGCAAGAGGGGCAUGUUCCCUUCCAACUACGUCGAGCUCAUCGACGAGCCGCAGGACGAGCCCGAUGCGCCGGCCGACAAGGACGACGAGCCCGAGCCUGCUGCGGCGGCCGCUCCCCCUCCUCCCCCUCUGCGCCCCCUGCGCCUCCCCGCACCGCCCGCUCCGCAAGCCCCGCCGCCGCCGCCGAUGGCUGAGCCCGAGGCCGAGCAGGGGCAGGAGGACGCAGAUCUCGGCAUUACGGCCGUCGCUGUGUACGACUAUGCGGCCGAGGAGGAUGGCGAGCUCUCCUUCUCCGAGGGCCAGCUCAUCACGCACAUCAACAAGGUCGACGAGGGCUGGUGGAUGGGCACCAACGCCGACACGGGGCUCGAGGGCCUGUUCCCGGAGAACUACGUGGAGGAGCGCCAGUGAGGGCGCAGGCGGGGAGGUCGAGGUUGAACUAUGGACACGAGACUGGAAUCUUAAGCUCUCCCUUUUUUGC